AUGGCAGACCAGGCAGAGAUAACACGCCAUUCUCACCCGCUUAGUAGAAUUGUUAUAUGUUGCACAUCGGUUCCUCCGGAUGCUCGUCAAAUACUAGCCAAGAAAGCGCAGGAUAUGGGAGCGCGACAUGUCCUUGAUCUUACUUCGGAUGUAACUCAUUUGGUGUGCGAGGACAUCACCACGCCGAAAUACAGAUAUGUUGCGAGGAUGCGGACAGAUGUGAAGGUAAUGAUGGUGGGAUGGGUGGACUCCAUGUACGAUGUUUGGAUCGAUGGUGAAGACAUAAACCCCCGCGAUUUUGAGGAAAAAUUCCAGCUUCCUAUUCUUUAUAAAUUAUCGAUAUCUGUCACAGGCAUUUUGGAUUUGGCCGAUCGGAAGAAAAUUGAAGAUCUGGUCAGCGGCCAUGGAGCUUCCUACCACCCCGAUCUAACGAGACAUGUGACCCACCUCAUCGCUGCAGCUCCUACGGGGAAGAAAUACGAAUUCGCCAUGAAUAAUGAUAUUAGCGUUGUAACAGUGGAAUGGCUUCAUGAGAGUUUGGAGAGAGGCAUGGCUCUGGAGGAAUCAUGCUAUGAUCCACGUUUGCCCAAAGAGAAAUUGGGUGCAGGGGCUAAACCAGCACCCCGGACCACUGCAACUGCAGAGUCACUUCCUGAAGCCAGUAGCAAGCGGAAGAUCCGGAAAAGAGCUGGUGACCUGCUAGGGAGUCAGAUUUCUACAUUUAUGGGUUUAAUAAAAAACGGGCUGGGAUUGUGCAUAGGUACAUCUCGAUUGUUUGUCGUGGUUCCGGCUACCAUGCGUAAACGUGACUGUCCUGAUUUCUCUAGCAUUGAAGAUGUUUUGAUUGUCACGGAUUGGUGGCUUGAGGCUUGUAUGCACAAAUCAAUACUCCUUGAGCCGUCCGACGGCUUUACAUAUUCACCAUUUGAAGAAUUUCCUUUAGAAGGAUUUAAAGGAAUGCAAAUCUGCUUGACACAAUUUACAGGAGUCGAGCUACUACAUAUGAGAAACCUGAUAACUCUACUAGGGGCUUCUUUUCAUGAUAUUCUAACAAAGAAAAGAAACCUACUCGUCACAAGUUUACCGGCUAGAGGGGAUAAGUUUGACUUCGCAAUUCAAAAUGAUAUACCUGUAGUGACGACUGAGUGGCUUCGGCAAUGUCUAAAAGAGUGCAGAGCAAAGGCAAAGAAGGGCCAGUGGUGGAUGGUCAAUUUUCGGGAAAUAACAAGAGACCGCGGUUUUUGGGAAAGGAUUUUCGGGAUGAGGGGAAGCUUCUGGACUUCGGACCCAUUACCCGGCGAUAGUGGUACCAUCUACACAGAGAACCAACAAAUCCCAUGCGAAGACAACGGUGUUUUGGACAAAUGCUUUAUUUAUAUAAGUAAAAAUUUGAAGACUCGUAGUGCCGAAUUGACUUCAGUUGCGAGAUCUCUUGGUGCCGCUAUCGUAGAUUCCAUUCACCCAGAUACCUCCAUUACACACAUGAUACAUUCGUCGAAGACACCUCGGGAUACAACCAAAGACUUUAAAGUGGCAAACGCAACUCCUGGUUGCCACAUUGUCUCACCAGACUGGCUGUAUAAAUGCCAAGAGUCUGGAAAGAGGGUUGAUGAAAAAGCUUAUCCUCCCAUCAUCGCACCGAGUAAAGGUUUGGAAAUGGGCUUUUCAAAAGGAAGUUCGAGCAGUUUAUCACCAGUACCCUCGGCAGAAAUACAUUCACCAAUAAAACCAGCCUUCGAGGUAAAACAAGAUGAGCUUGUUGUAGAUGAUACCGAAGAUGGACAAGGUUUUCAAGAUGACUUCGAAAAUCUUAACGAAAUUAACCACAACAUAGCUAAAGAUCCAACGCCACCAACGCAACUGUCGACAUCCUUCCCAGUGCCACAAAUCAGUGCGUUAAACAUAGUAACAAAGCCUUCAUCGAGUGACAAUCAAGACACACCCGACCCCGCCAGUGGAAAAUCCAGCGGCGGUAUCAGUGACAUCCUAGGGAAACUCGGCAAAGGCGAAAUUACAAACGCAAUUGAACGCAAACGACCACGUGGAAAACUCCAGGGAAGAGCCACCUCAAACCUAUCAUUCUAUAAUAAUCCUUCCCGAGCAUCUUCAGUCGAAAGUCACGCUGAACCGGUAGUGUCUGAAGAUAAAAAUACUCUAGUCAACAACCUGCACGAUCUAAGCAGCACCAGACGCUCCACAGACCAGAUGAUCCCGGCGCCGAGUCAGGCUAUCAGAUAUGAAGAUCUGGAAGCUGAGAAGGAAAGAAAAAAUGUGCGGGCAAAGCUCAGUGGCGAUGCGGUUGGACCAGACACGCCAAAGAACCAGAGAUCGGUAAUGAAGAGAGUUAAGACAGCGGUAGAUGUAGAGGGUAGUGUACGGAGAGGGAGGAGGGUUAGGUGA